AUGGUACCUUUCUCUCUCUGCCCCUCCUCCUCCUAUCCUCCUCCUCCUUCUUUCAAAUUCUACCACAAGUCCCAAUUCACUGUAACCACUCUCUCCAGUCUAUGUGGUCGUAAAAGAAGGUCCGGUUCCAGCUGCCGUCUCGUGGUGCUCUCAACCCACUCCAACCCCAAAAUUCUCAAGUCCAAUCGGAGGUCGCGCUAUGGCCAGCCUCUGUCUCCCUACGACCAAGAUGAUGACGAAGAGGUUUCUCGUGCUAGUGAUGUGUCGGAUGACGAUUGGUUGCUCAAUGAUGACUUUGCAGAAAUUUCAGAGUUUGAUGUUAAUAGAAAGAGGUCCAAAUCACACAAGGGAUUUGCGAAUGGUCAUUCAGAUGGCAGAAACAGUAAGCACACUCUAGAGAAAAGUAAUGCAGCAAACUACUACAAUAGUUCUAAUCAAACAAAUGGUGUCAGUUCCUUGGAUGUACCUCGCAAGGGAAAGCUGUCUACAAGGAAAGCUAUGGAGGAUAGAUUUCCUCGGCUAUCAGAAGAGGUUGAAUUGGAUGAGAAGUGGUUACCUCUUAUUGAUUACCUUAGCACAUUUGGGCUUAAGGAAUCACACUUUAUUCAAAUGUAUGAGAGGCAUAUGCCUUCUCUUCAAAUAAAUGUGUGCUCUGCAAAGGAAAGGUUGGAAUAUUUGUUGAGUGUUGGGGUCAAACAAAGAGAUGUAAGAAGAAUGCUUUUGAGGCAGCCACAAAUCCUUGAAUAUACAGUUGAGAACAAUUUGAAGUCCCAUAUUGCUUUCCUCAUGAGUUUGGGUAUUCCAAGUUCCAGAGUCGGGCAGAUUAUUGCUGCUGCUCCAUCCCUCUUCUCUUAUAGCGUUGAGAAUUCAUUGAAACCCACCGUGAGAUACUUAGUUGAGGAGGUCGGGAUUAAAGAAAAGGAUUUAGGUAAAGUUGUGCAGUUAAGCCCUCAAAUUCUAGUUCAGCGGAUUGAUAUAUCAUGGAAUACUCGUUUGAAUUUUCUUUCUGAGGAGAUAGGAGCACCCAGAGAUAGUAUUGUGAAGAUGGUUAAAAAACAUCCCCAGUUCCUCCACUAUAGCAUCAAUGAUGGACUGCUACCCAGGAUCAAUUUCCUUAGGAGUAUUGGGAUGUGUAAUGCUGACAUCUUGAAAGUCUUAACUAGUCUGACACAGGUACUAUCCCUAUCACUGGAGGAGAAUUUGAAACCCAAGUACAAGUACUUGGUCAAUGAACUUCAUAAUGAAGUGCAUUCCUUGACCAAAUAUCCUAUGUACCUAAGCUUGUCUUUAGACCAGAGAAUUCGCCCCCGACAUAGGUUCUUGCUUUCUCUGAAGAAAGCUCCUAAAGGGCCAUUUCCUUUAAGUUCACUGGUCCCCACUGAUGAAUGCUUCUGCCAGCAGUGGGCUGGAACUAGCUUAGAUAAAUAUCUGGAUUUCCGGCAGAGACUACUGCUCAAGGAGUUUGCCAAAAAAUAUGAAAGAAAGGGAUAG